UAAAAUGUCUGCAGGAAGUAAAGAAACAAACACCGACUUUUCCCAAACAGCAAUAUUUCUUACGGUGGGAUUUGCGGUUGCACUUAUGUGUGCUAUCAGUUUUGCAAUCAGCAUAUACAAAAUAAGAAAAAUAGCAAUGAGAAAAAGACGAAAAGAAUUGAUGCGCCUCCCAAGUAUUCCAAAAUCAAAGGACUCACCAUACGAAAUGAAAUUAACCAAUCCAGAGAGUCCGUAUUCCGAUCCCGACUAUGAAACAAUAGAGGAACAAGAUGAGGGGUACGAACAUUUGCCCGGACCAGGCGAAAAUAAUUUAACUCUAACAGACGAAGAAGGACCAUAUAUAGAUCCUGACAAUGCAGAAGGAACAUAUUUAGAUGUAGUGCUUAGCGAAACAGUGCCUAAUGAUUAUAUCAACGUUUCUCCCUACAUUGAUUUAUUAGAUGAUACAAUUGAGGAUGCUCUUAAAUCAGAAGUUGUGGAUAUUUUACAAUCAGAGAAUGCCGCUGCAAAAAACUUAACCGAGAAAAUAGAUGAGGAAAAAAAUAAAGUGAUAAAUGUGGAUUUUCCACCAUGAAUGUGCUACCUUACCAAAAGAUAAUUUAGGGAAACUUAUUAUUACAUUACAUGUA